UCCUGUCAAUACAGUACGUUAAAACAUGUAAGGAUUUGAUGUCAUCCUGACUAACACAGCACAAACCCUGGAGUCCCGCCAGUACCAUCAAACCCCACGCCUAUUCUGCUCUCUUGCUUCCUUCAAAAAGUUAUUGUAUUGCCGAGAAAUCCUAAUCUGAUCACAUUUCAGGUUCAGGACAGUAUGACUGGUGGUAUCAAGGACGAGGAAUCAGAGGGAUUUCUUCACUCGCCAUUCAUUAGGAAGCAAGGAAAUAUCUACAAGCCGAACAACAAGAGCAUGGAUAACGACAGUAUGAACGAAAAAGCGAUGCACGAUGUUCACACUAAAGAAAUCGACCUUGUUAACCGGGAUCCCAAACACUUAAACGACGAUGUGGUGAAGGUCGAUUUUGAGGACGUGAUCGCGGAACCCGAGGGCACCCACAGCUUCGACGGCAUCUGGAAGGCCAGCUUUACCACCUUCACCGUGACCAAGUACUGGUGUUACCGCCUUCUCACCGCGCUGGUGGGCAUCCCCCUGGCCCUCAUCUGGGGCUUGUUCUUCGCCAUCCUGUCCUUCCUCCACAUAUGGGCGGUGGUGCCUUGCGUCAAGAGCUACCUGAUCGAGAUCCAGUGCGUCAGCAGGGUCUACUCCAUCUGCAUCCACACGUUCUGCGACCCCCUGUUCGAAGCUAUGGGCAAGGUCUUCAGCGGUGUGCGGGUGUCCAUGACCAAGGAGGUGUAAAAGAAAGAGGGACCAGAAACACACAAGAGCCGAGGUUCCAUGGCUGGUCGGACACCAGCGCUCUGCUGCCUACAAGCUCACAGUUGCUUUCCAGCAACAGUUUAAUGAACACUGACACAGGAAAAGAAAAAAAAAAGCCUUGCUUAGAUUUUUUUUUUUACUCUAUUGUUUAUCACUCCGGGACUGAGCUCUCCUUUUUUGGUAGUCUGCCUUAGGAGGCUACGCCAUUUUUUUUUACUCUCUCAUUCCAUCGUUGUACAACGCAAUAAAGUACUGUUCACUGUUUAGUAACUGUAAUACCUACAGAGGCCUGGCAGAAGUUAAGCUCCUUUAGUACACAGCGCAAGCUUGCACAGUGGGAUCGGUGGCUUUGGAUUAUGCCUCAACAGCAGAGUGUUCUCUCAAAUUGGCAGCUUUGAAGAGAAUGUUCUUUUUGCCACCCUGCUGCCCAGUGUGCUGCAUGCUGCUAGUUUUAUUCAUUGUGGUGAUCGUAUAUAGAAACGCAGCCAACAAAAUAACACAUGAUUAGGAGCCAGAUCAAUCUUGCAUAGUUUGUUUCAUUGCCUCUUUGAUUCCUAGCAAAGCUUUUCAUGAUGUUUGAAAGCAUAAAGGCAAUGUUUUCUUUCACAAGUAACACUUAGUCUAUGUACCCACUGCUAGGAAUAAGAUGUUGAAAACUUGUUAUGCUGAAAUGGUGGUGAUUAUAUAAGAAGCAAUGCCUCUAGUAAGCACGUGUCACUAAAAUAUUAGACAGAUUCUAUUGGCUCUACACUGAGGAGAGAACUGAAUAACCCUCUGCGUGUUUCAGUUCACUUUCUUGAGCCUUAAAAUUACAGAAGAAAAAUCUUGAAGUUAUACAUUGUAUUUUAUGUAUGUAGUCAAAAAAGAUAAUUAACAGUUCCUCUUUUUCACAACUUCUGAAGUUUACUGUAUAGUGCACACUGGUGAGGAGAAUCUGUUAUAUGUUAAAAAGAGUUUUAGUUGAAUUUCCUUCACUGUUUAAAAUGAUGAUAAGAUUCCAACUGAUGACAGCUGCUCACUUUGGUGUCAAAUAUGUCUAUCUGCUGUCUGUGAAGAUGCAGUAUUCACCUAGAAAGUUAAUAUUUUUUAUAUGUAAUGGAAUUUCCCUUUCCCUGCUUUUAUUGUACAAUCUGAUAUCAUGCCAAAGACAAUAAAAUACAAACAUUAACAACACA